AGGUUCACAGACUCACACGAAGCUGAUGAUGAUGAUGAAGAUGAUGAUGAAGUCGUCAGAGCUGGUCGUCUUCGUUUCCUCUGUUCUCUGUGUCUCUGCUGUUGUUCUACAUGAGGACCUGCACAUCAGAGGCUGCUCAGACUCUGAUGGAGAGGACGCAUACACUCUGGACGUUGAAGAGCUGUGGUACGCAGACUUCAUCAACAAGAAAGGAGUUUACCCUCUGCCCAGUUUUUUCAGUAGCUUCAGGUACAAUGAAGGAACUUAUGAACAGGCUGUGGCUGAUCAACAGAUCUGCAGAAGCAACCUGAAGAACAGUCGUAUUGGAAUGAAGGACCUGCCAGAGGAAAACGAUGCUCCUUCCAGUCUGAUCAUUUACAGCAGAGAUGACCUGGAGCUCGGACAGAAAAACACCCUCAUCUGUCACGUCGCUGGUUUCUAUCCUGCUCCAGUCAAAGUCCACUGGACCAAGAACGGAGAGAACGUGACAGAAGGAACCAGCAUCAACGUUCCGUAUCCUAACAAAGACGGCUCCUUCCAGCAGAUCUCCAGGCUGGAGUUCACGCCCCAGCAGGGAGACAUGUACAGCUGCAGCGUGGAGCAUCCGGCCCUGGAGGAACCGCUCACCAGACUCUGGGACGUUCAGGUGCAGCAGCCCAGCGUUGGACCGGCCGUGUUCUGUGGACUGGGUCUGACCAUCGGGUUGCUGGGGGUCGCAGCUGGAACCUUCUUCCUCAUUAAGGGAAACGAGUGCAGCUGAUUGGUUCAAACAGAAUGAUGAUGUCUGUUUCCUUUAUGUUCUUUAUGUUCUAAACCAUGUUCAUGGGUCUUAAUGAUUUUACCUUAAGGUGGGCGAGUCAAACCUGCUUCUACACAGAAAGCAAAUCAAGCUUCUGUUGCAUGAAAUGCUCUGUUGAAAAGAUUCAAACUGCAACAACCUGAGUUGUAGAUCAAAACAAUAAACAGCAGCUUCUGUCCCCACAACCACUAGUGAUGGAAAUUUUCAAUAUACUGUAUCAACCAAACUAAAUUAGAAAUGAAACAAUUAACUCCAUAUCCAGAUAUCACCUGAUAGACACAUGUGAUGAGUCACUGGAGAUUAUUAAUUAUACAUCAGAGGUGGAGACUCCUCAAACUGCCUGAAUAAGUUCUAUUCCUAACGUCAACCUCAGUAAACUCAGCUGACUUUAUUACAGUGAAGCUAAACAGACGACACCAGUGACAAAUGGUUCACAUUUAGAUACAUUCAUAACCCUUUCAUGGAUCCAAAGCUCUUUACAGUAGCUCCUUAUUCACCCAUUCUCUCACACUGAUGCACUCACUUAUCACCAGGAGCAUCUUGGGGUUCAGUGAUAUUCUGGGUAACUGUUUAUUUUCUCACCACUGAGACCAUUUAUUCAUUCUCUAUUAUGUUUAACUGUAUUUGAUGAUUUGUAAUUAAAUGAUUUCAACAUCAGU